GUAAUCUCAAUGUUUGUGGGGCUUUUAGUUUUUAGCCCAUGUAUGGUUUGAUAACUUUAGUAACUCGUGAGAAAAAAAAAAGCUUCGUUCUCAAUCCCAAUUCGAAAUCCUAGCUGAAGUCUAUGCUCCAUAAUCAAAUCCAGUUCAUCAGAGAUCAAAGAUGGCUAUUGCACGAACUGGAGUUUAUGUUGAUGAUUACCUUGAGUAUGCAAGCACUUUCCCUGCAGAGCUACAAAGAUUACUAAACACAGUUCGCGAACUAGACGAGAGAUCUCAAUGUAAAUUUUUGUUAUUACAUUGUUCUCUUGCGUAUGUUUCUUUGUGUGUUUCGUGAAUUGAUUAUGUUUGUGUUUUGUUUGUCGUUGGAAGCGCUUAUAAAUCAGACAAGACAGCAAACUAAGUAUUGCUUAGGGCUUGCUUCACAGAGUUCUAAAAAGGGUAAUGGUAAUCAUUACAAUAAUGGUGGUCUUGAUGAAGAGGAAACGAUUGAGAAAAUGCGUAAAGAGAUUGAGUCUAGUCAGGAAAAUGCGUUAAGUUUGUGUACCGAGAAGGUUUUAUUGGCCCGACAAGCGUAUGAUCUUAUAGAUAGUCAUGUAAAACGACUUGAUGAAGAUCUGAAUAAUUUUGCAGAAGAUUUAAAGCAAGAGGGAAAAAUUCCACCAGACGAGCCCUCUGUUCUUCCUCCACUACCUAUAGUUCCUAAAGCGGAAAAGCGUAAGUCCUUCUAUGGCACACCUCAGCCCAAGAAGAUUGAUUAUAGAGAUAGAGACUGGGAUCGUGACAGGGAUUUUGAGCUCAUGCCUCCUCCAGGAAGCAAUCGGAAAGACCUUAUGCCAAUUGAAGAGCAGCCAAUCGAUCCAAACGAACCAACUUACUGUGUCUGCCAUCAGGUGUCCUUUGGAGACAUGAUUGCCUGUGACAAUGAGAAUUGCCAAGGAGGUGAAUGGUUUCACUAUACAUGCGUUGGCCUCACACCUGAGACCAGAUUCAAAGGGAAAUGGUACUGCCCCACCUGCAGACUCCUCCCACAGUCACACUAAUAUCAUUUGUACCUGUGAGAAGGUAUUGCUUUACUAUCAUCAGAACUAAGCUCUCCUCCUGCAAUUUCCAUGCAUUCUGUAGCUAAUAUAAUACGUAUGGAGAUUUGCACGUACUUAUGAUAUUAAUUCUCAUAGGUGCCACUGGCAUCUUCUUUGGCACCUUCCCUUCAUGACCAAUGCCACCAAACUCAUCUUUCUUGUUACCCAACAUCUAGCAAGUGCAAGUAGAAGCAAACUUUAGAUGGAGAAAUCAUCAUGUUUUGUAAACCUCGGGUUAAUUCGUGGAGCAUAUAUUUUGUAUAUCAAUUGUAUUUGGGUAUUGGUGGGCAUUUUCCGUUUUAUUCUACUAGUAUCGAUAUUUACAUCUGCUUCUUUCUUUCUUUUUUCCCCUCAAACCAUGAGCCUUUGUAUUGAUCAAAUGACAUGUACAAAGGUUUUGUUCAUCAGAAGGAAUUUCACUAAAAUAAAAAAUUGCUUGA